CUAAAUGAAUCUAUACCUCCGCAUCUAUUGUUUGCAUGCUUGGUAUUUUAGCGAUCGGUUAGUUCCAGUGGAUAUGAACAAAUAGAAAGCGGCGGCGUGCAUGCUCGACUGGGUUUUCGCCGUAGUCUAGGUGCAGAAGUAGCCAGGGACACGUCGCUGCGGCAAGCGGAAACUCAGUCGCAACUCUCGCUUCGUGUGAGGAUAUAUAGACAUAACCGCUUAUGACCAUAUAAGCCUAUCAGCUCUUGAUUAUUAACGAGUAUCCGUACCAGACCGAUUAUGCGCUAGAGAAGAUACAUGGCGAAGUUACACGUGUUCGAUUCGUGCGUGGUGGCGGUUGCGCUGUGUGUGGUGGUCGUGGCUCGGAGACAGUCAGUCGAAGAUGCCAACGAGACGCUGUCAAACAUGCUCGAGUUCUCCCAGGAUUCGAUCGAACAGUUGAUCGAGGCGCAGACUAUCACUGUUGACUACAACCUGACGUUGUCCACGUCGAUGGGUUUCUCGUACGACUGUUGGUUGGUCGUGACCUGCGCCGACCGAUUCGUCGGCGAUGUGAUAGAAAACAUAGAGACGCCAGUCGCCUGCACUGGCACGACGUACGGAAACUUCACGGUGCUGGCAAAAUUCAUCGGAAUAACGUCGCUGUCGUUUCGCGUGUACAGCUCCGAGUCGGACACGAUUUAUUCUGACAACGGAUAUCGUGUGAGCGUGAUGCGACAGCCACGUAUCAUCGACGUGGCGUUCAACUACAUAGUCGCAAUCUUCGUUAUCGUCACCAUGAUUGGCUUUGGCGCAUCCAUUGAUAUCGCUGUCGUCAAGGAAAUUGUGAAGCGACCAAUCGCACCAGCGAUAGGGGCCUUCUGUCAACUCGUCGUUAUGCCUCUCGUCUCGUUUGGUUUAGCAUGUGCGGUGACUGUAGGGACGUCGUGGAAGCUGGGUCUACUAACGGUGGGCAGCUGUCCCGGUGGUGGACUGAGUAACAUCUUUACCUUUCUACUGGACGGUGACAUCACCCUCAGCAUUGCGAUGACGCUGCUAAACACUCUGCUAACACUCGGAACCAUGCCAAUGUGGCUGGCAGUAUUGGGCAAGAACUUCACCAGGGGAACAAACCUACGCAUUCCUUUUGUCAGCAUCAUCGUCGGUCUCUCGUACAUGCUCGGCCCUGUUCUACUUGGAUUCGGUAUCAGGGUUUUCCGACCUAAAUGGGCCGUAGUUAUCACUUACGUUCUCAAGCCUGUUUGUGUUGUACUGAUCAUAAGCGGGUUUGCCGUGGGCAUCUAUUCAAACUUGUACGUUUUUUAUAUCGUCACGCCCAUUAUUACCACU